AUGAUGGCAACCACAGCAAGAAAAGCACGCACGUACUGGAUGGGAGCCGAGCCUCUCAACGGGCUCUACGGCCUCCGUGCCUUCUCGUUGCUCAACCUCGGUCCUCACUCCGAGACAACCGGAGCAGUCAACACAGCGAACCAGGCCCUCAGCACCCGGACUGGAGGUGAGGUGACCGGCGCAGGUGGUGUGGUGGUGGUUCGGAGUGUGCGAGCACCACAGCGAGCUGCUGGCUUUCACUGGGGCCGCUCAAUGUCGUCGGCGACACUAGAGAGCACUCGGGCCUGCAAGAUCGCUGUUCACGGUCCACUGGGAAGCUUGGGUCGAGGUACCCGUGUUGUGGUUCGCUCUGUGGUACCCUUACUCAGGCCGCUGGAGGUGGUGCUGCUGCUUGCUCGAGUCCAGAAUUAG